AACAAGCUAUGCAGGCCAACUUGGCGCAAGUCUGGAAUUCAAGAGACACUGAUAAGUAGCACCGGCGUCCACACAUCCUCCGCCUCUCCCUAUCAUAAAAGACAGUCUGCUCGAAAUCAUCCUGCAGUACUUCACCGCCCCGUGAGUCCGUCAUGAUCUCCGCCCUCGCCUCGUCCAGGUUCCCGUGCAGAGCCAUCGCGCCAGCGCUGAGGAGGCCACAGCUCCGCGCACUUGCCACAGUCGCGGAGGGUGUGAAGCCUGAUAACAACUUCCGCAUCCCGCUGAUCGACUUUAGCAAGUACCGCCACGCGACCUCCACGGCGGAGAAGCGCAACACGGCUGAUGAGAUCGUGAACGGGUUCAAGGAAGUCGGAUUCAUCUAUCUGGAUCAGCAUGGCAUUCCCGACUCGACUGUCAAGCAUGCCUUCCAGAAGAGUGCCGAGUUCUUCGCCCUCCCGAUGGAAGCCAAGUCCAAGUUGGCAUGGGAGGACCCUCGCUCGAACAGGGGCUACGUCCAGAUUGGACGCGAGCGCGUCACCCAGUCCGCCGACGCAAAUGAGAUCGCAGAGCUGCGCGCCAAAGCGCCCGACUUCAAGGAGACCAUGGAGAUCGGCCGCGACUGGGACAAGACCUGGAAGAACCGCUGGCCCGAAGAGGGUGCCGUCCCCAGCUUCCGCGAGACGAUGCUCCAGUUCUUCCAGACAUGUCAUGACCUGCACGUCCUCGUCAUGCGCGCGAUUGCACUCGGGCUUGACCUGGACGAGAAGUUCUUCGACGAUAAGAUCAAUGAGCAGUACCAUAAUCUGAGACUGUUGAACUACCCGCCUAUCCGGAGAUCGCUCCUGGAGAAGGAGGGUCAGGCUCGUGCAGGCGCUCAUUCAGAUUACGGUACUUUGACUCUCUUAUUCCAAGACUCUGUCGGCGGCCUCCAAGUGCUGAACCCGCAUACGAAGGAAUACCAAUCCGCCACGCCCAUGCCGGGCACCAUCGUCAUCAACGCCGGCGACCUCCUCGCGCGCUGGUCGAACGACGUCCUGCGCUCGACCCUCCACCGCGUCGUCGCGCCUCCCGCCAAGGCGAUCAGCGCGACCGAGAGCAUCACACCCGGGCGCCAGUCCAUCGCGUUCUUCUCCAACCCGAACCAGGGCGCGCGCAUAGAGUGUCUCCCGACCUGCACCGGCGCGCAUACCAAGUACGCGCCUGUGACGACGGAGGACUACAUUGUGGGCCGCCUGUCGAUGACGUACGUUUAAGCGGCGGCGGUGGCUGGCGGAAGGACCGCAAGGGAGAGGGUAGACAUACUCUUGCCAGAUCUAUAUACGAGUAAUGCGAUGUACCUCGCUCUAUAUAUAUGUAGGUCAUUUUUGAAUGUAUCGCCCGUAUCAUCUACGGUCCCGCACCAACAGAAAUUGUAGCGCAGCGCUUGGAAUUGUUCGAAGAGCAAAAGCGUCGCCAUAACCUCGUUCAUGCACAUCGUUUCCACCACGCAU